CCGGUGUCGCCGGCCGCGCCGCUCUGCACGCACUCACGUCAGUUCGUGUUCGAACCGCGCUUAUUGAGGUCGUCCGCUGUGAGCUCGGUUACGAAGUUUAGUACCGCGAAAGGAUUUUCCUUUGUCCCGAUCCUCGAGGACCCUGCCCUCGUAUUAUGUUUCUGCGCGAGACCCGCGACCAACCCCGGUCUACUGAGGAGCCGGACCGCGCGCAGCGUGCCGAAUCGCGUCGAAAUUCUGUCAGUUUUCCAAAAUUCUGUGACGGUUAUCCCGCGAAACGCGUACGCCGGGCGAUUUGAAAUUUUUGAGUGAACUUGUGAGAGUAGAAUUUUGUAGAUCACCGGACAGUGGUGAGGAGGAAAGUGUUUCAAUAGUUAAGUGAGGACUGAGCAUCAUGUCCACGGGCAAGCGGCUAGCGAAGCGCUCCAUCAUUGGGACGCGCGUUGCAGCUUUGGCUGAUGACGGACUGUACUACUCGGGCAUGAUCCAGGCGGUAAAGACGCCGGCGCCCUUCCCGGAGAACAACAACUGCAUCAACCUGACACCGAACACGCGCUACACAGUGCGGUUCGACAGCGUCAAGAUGAAGAGCCGUGAGUACCGCGACGCGGAGCUGAUCGGGCCCGGCUUCCGCGGCAUGACAGGCGUGCGCCUGCAGCCUGGCCAGCGCGUCUUCCUCACCUACAACGGGAGAGAGGUGCGUGCUGACGUGCAGAACCACGACUACGAGACCGAUGAACUCCGUGUCCAGAUCCAGUCGCCAACUGCUGAGGUGCAGAUCGAGCUGAAGAAAAGAUUAGAUGAGAUCAGACUGUUGGAGUCCCGCAAGUCAGCGAGGCUGGCCGAUGUGGACACAGACUUCGCCAGGCUGGCGGACAUGGCUGGCGACCGCCGCCGCGCCUCCGCCACCAUCGAAGUGCCCUCACAUCACAUGCAAGGUUCUCGCAAGCGCGGCCCGAGCAGCUCCUGCGACCUGGGCUACGGGGAGCGCGACGACCAGAUGAACGAGUGCAACGCCGCGCUCGUGCUCAUGUCGCUCAGCUGCUCGCCCAACUCGCCGCGCCCCAGUGCGUGGGGCGGGCGGUCGUCGGUGUCGCCCGGAGCCAGCAGCAGUUCAGGCUCCUCGUGGCGCUCCGGCACCCCGUCACCACCACCAGCCAGCUCCUCCUUCAGUGAUGAGGGCAUCGCUAUGGACUAUGAGGAGAUCCACCCGCGCAAAAAGAGGAUCAACAGUGUAGUUUUUGUGUGCACCUGGCGAGGAUGCACUUACCACACGAAUACCUGUUCAGCGAUUGAGGCACACAUCAGGAAUACACAUUUGGGGCCAAAGAAAGAGGGUGACAGUGACCAUGAGGAGGAGUUCUACUACACGGAGCGGGAGGUGGCGGCCCCGGCGCCGCCGCCCACGCUCUCCCACCGCGACAUGUGCCGCCCGCCGCACGAGGACCCCGAGUACCAGCGACAGCUCGUCGGCUCAUUCAGGCAAGGACUGCUCUCUACUAUGCAGAAUGGGUCCGCCCGGCCUAUCAGCAUUCCCGUAACACAUCACUGGUCCACCUCGCAUUCACCGAAACACAUGCGGUUAUCUGGAGCCAACGGGUCCCCGGGCAGUCCCGGCCGGCGGCCGCGCUCCGACAACAAGAAGUGUCGUAAGGUAUAUGGCAUGGACCAGCGCGACCUCUGGUGCACCCAGUGCAAGUGGAAAAAGGCAUGCACGCGUUUCGGUGAUUAGCGAACGAGACGCGCGCACGCGUAUACGCGAGCAGUGCAACUCAAAUGAAUGCAGACUCAGAGAUGUACCAAUCUCAGAACCCAUACUGAGGAGAGACAUUGUGCAGACCGUUCGCAGUGUGCGAGGACUAUUCCGUGUGGGAGUCGUGAUUAAUUAGUUGUAAGGAAAUAUAUAUUAUGGAUAAAAAAUUAUUUAAUAUAAGAAGAGACGGAUUAAAUUUACAUAUAUUGGAUAUAAAAAUUAAAGGAGACAUAUUUUUGCUCUUUAUAUGUGGCUCGUAUUUUGACUGCAUAAUGGACAUUGCCCACGUAUUUUUGUAGCGCAGUAGAUUCGCCUUAACUGUGACGUGCAUGUGGAAUGCAAAAUCGUGUGUCGCUCUCGGGCGGAGACUGUGAAUAUUAGUGUUAAGUAGUUGUAAGGUUAGACUGACAUCGACUGUGUGAAAACAUUUUUUGAAAUACUCCCUACUGACACUUAUAGGUUUUGUAAAUAAUAUUACGUAAACACCAAACCACCGUCGCGCCUUUGGUUUUAGCUACGAAUUUCUUCGUGUGAAACAUACUAGUCGCUAAAACCGCCUAGGACAGUAUCCCCAAUCAUCUAGUACUUGAGUACCAAAACAAUUAAAUUAUAUCAGAGACACGCCGCCAACAUCUGAAAGUCAGUCAAUUCCGUCCACAUUUUCGAAUGUGCUACAUCGAUUGUUUGUUGACCAGUAAAA